UGGGAGCAGUGCCAGAAGCAGAGUUAGAGCAAAAUGCCACCCAACAGCAACGACACCUCCACGGGAGUGCUUUUCGAAUCGGACGUGGAUGUUGGCUUGACCAAGGACCUGGUCACUCUCAGGACCACCGAUGGCAGCAAGCUGGAGCUGGUGUGGUUCAACAUAGUGUUGUUCGUGAUCCUUCACAUAUCUUCCUUGUACGGAGUGUGGUUGCUCUUCACGGAAGCCACCUGGACGACCGUCCUGCUCUUUCCGCCCGCCGUGGUGAUAACCAUCUUGGGAGUUUCCGGUGGCGCCCAUCGCUUGUGGGCCCAUCGCACCUUCAAGGCAAACACGCCGCUGAAGCUGAUCUUCCUGUUCCUGAACACCCUGGCCUUCCAGGAUGCGGUCUACUACUGGGCCCGGGACCAUCGGGUGCACCACAAGUACACGGAAACGGACGCGGAUCCCUACAACUCGCAGCGCGGCUGGUUCUUCGCCCACAUUGGAUGGCUGUGCUGCCGGAAACACCCCGAGGUGGUGGAGAAGGGCAAGCAGAUAGAUCUUUCCGACCUAGAGGCCGAUCCCCUCGUGAUGUUCCAGAAGAAGUACUACCUGUGGCUGAUGCCAGUUAUCUGCUUCCUCCUGCCCACCGCUCUGCCCAUGUACCUGUGGGGCGAGUCCUUGAACACCUCCUGGCAUGUGAUGGCCUUGCUCCGGUGGUGCGUCAGCCUGAACCUCAUUUGGACGGUCAACAGUUCCGCCCACAUGUUCGGCAUGAAGCCCUACGACAAGAACAUAUGCCCCGUGGAUCAGGGCUUCCUGAUCGGCUUCCACGUGGGCGAGGGCUACCACAACUACCAUCAUGUCUUCCCCUGGGACUACAAGAGUGCGGAGCUGGGACCAUGCUCCCAGGAUGCGACCACCAAGUUCAUCGACUUCUUUGCCUACUUGGGCUGGGCCUACGACCUCAAGAGCGUGUCCUUGGACAUGGUGCGCCAGCGAGCUCUCAGGACGGGCGACGGCUCACAUCCUGUCUGGGGAUGGGGAGACAAGGACCAGAAGUCGGAGGACAUCGGCGACACCACCAUCACCCACCAGCGAAAAGAGACGUAGACCAAGAGCUUAGGUAAAGAGAGCUGUUGCGAAUCAAAUGAAUUUCAAAUGAGGAAUUGGUUUUGUUACCGCUGCAUUAAAUUAAAGUCUUAGAAAUUAAAGCAAGCAUUCCUCGACCUUGGUGUGCCCUACUUACUGGAACUGUCGAGGUACUUUGUCCGACAAAUUAUAUAUUUCUAGGUGACACUUGAGGUAGCUACCAGCGAGUGUAAGUUGUCUGGCAUAUUUCAAGCAUUCAAAUUUUGUUUACCGCUUGUUCUUGUGUUCUAAGUGUCCCACUUAUAAAUAAACCUCUUAAGUACCAAAAAAUCA